AAGUUUACAAUGGGAAAGGAGAAGGUUCACAUCAACAUUGUGGUUAUUGGCCACGUCGACUCUGGUAAGUCGACCACCACUGGUCAUCUCAUCUACAAGCUUGGAGGAAUUGACAARCGUGUUAUCGAGAGAUUYGAGAAGGAAGCUGCUGAGAUGAACAAGAGGUCAUUCAAGUAUGCCUGGGUGCUUGACAAGCUCAAGGCUGAGCGUGAGCGUGGUAUCACCAUUGACAUUGCCYUGUGGAAGUUUGAGACCACGAAGUACUACUGCACAGUCAUCGAUGCUCCUGGGCAUCGUGACUUUAUUAAGAACAUGAUUACUGGAACUUCCCAGGCCGACUGUGCCGUCCUCAUCAUUGAUUCUACAACUGGUGGUUUUGAAGCUGGUAUCUCCAAGGAUGGCCAGACUCGUGAGCAUGCUCUCCUCGCCUUCACCCUUGGUGUCAAGCAAAUGAUCUGCUGCUGCAACAAGAUGGAUGCCACCACCCCAAAGUACUCCAAGGCUAGGUACGAUGAAAUUGUGAAGGAAGUGUCUUCCUACUUGAAGAAGGUGGGAUACAACCCUGAKAAAAUCCCCUUCGUUCCCAUCUCUGGGUUUGAGGGUGAUAACAUGAUUGAGAGGUCCACCAACCUCGACUGGUACAAGGGCCCAACCCUCCUCGAUGCCCUUGACCAGAUCCAGGAACCCAAGAGACCCUCGGACAAGCCCCUCCGUCUCCCACUUCAGGAUGUCUACAAGAUUGGUGGUAUUGGUACUGUCCCAGUGGGACGUGUGGAGACUGGUAUCCUCAAGGCUGGAAUGGUUGUCACCUUUGGCCCCUCUGGAUUGACCACUGAAGUUAAGUCUGUUGAGAUGCACCACGAGACUCUCCAGGAGGCCCUUCCCGGAGACAACGUUGGGUUCAACGUGAAGAACGUCGCAGUGAAGGAUCUGAAGCGUGGUUUCGUGGCUUCCAACUCCAAGGACGAUCCUGCCAAGGAAGCUGCCAGCUUCACAUCCCAGGUCAUCAUCAUGAACCACCCAGGCCAGAUCGGAAAUGGUUACGCCCCUGUGCUCGAUUGCCACACUUCCCACAUCGCCGUGAAGUUUGCUGAGCUCCUGACCAAGAUUGACAGGCGAUCUGGUAAGGAACUCGAGAAGGAGCCCAAGUUCUUG